AUGGAUCCUGAAACCACCUUAGAGCUUUUGUACAAAGAAUUGGAUAAUUCCAUGUUACAAAAUGAAAAAAGUUAUAAUGAAGAGAUAAUGGAAAGUUUAAAUCGAAAAGAACAAGACAAAUACUUAACAACGCAAGACUCUAAGAUACCUGAUGAUGAAGUUAAUACACAAGUAAAUUCAAAUAGUAGUCUAUUUCUAUCAUCUCCUUUCAAGAUACAACAAACAAAUAACUCACAGUCAAAGAUUCACAAUGAUUCUGAAAAAUCUAGUAUUGGAAAUGUAAAUAUAGAAAGUUUGUCUGGUGGUACAUAUAUUAAUCUUUCACAAUCCUGUACAAAACAAAUGAGUCCUAAUUCUCUUAAAUUAAUCAACAUAUUAGCAGAACAAAGUAGUGAAUCUGAUGUAAAAAGCGAAACAUGUAAAAGCAGAGAGACAGAAGAUGGUACUGAAAAACUUGAUGUUGUGGUUUUAGAAAGGAUUAGAAAACAUGCAUCACUUCCUAGAUCUUUUAGUCUUGGCUCUACUAUUCCAUUAUUGACUCCAGAAAUAGAGGGAAAUAAUUUUAAUCAAAUAUCGGAUCAAUUAUCACCAAUAAAUAUCUAUAAAAAUGAUAAUAUACAAUCUUCUCCAGAAAUACUACAUUCACCCUCUAGAAUCCCAAUAGCUCAUAAUAUGUCCCUUCAAGAAAAUGUAGCUAAUAUUUUUUUAAAUAAAUCGGUAGCAAAGAUACAGAGUGCUAACGGCACAGAUAGAAUAUUUGAACAAUUUAACCUGGAUGUACCAACAACUAGAUAUUCUUCAGGUUCAUCUUACAAUGAUGAUAAAAUAGAACUUUCUACUACACAGAUAAAGGAUGAGUUUAAUUUGUUAACAGACCCAGUUAAACAUGAUAAUGAACAAAUGCAUAGUUCAGAUAAAGAGAAAAUACCCAGUGAAGUGAUAUCUAAUUUUGGAAAAUUGUAUAAAAAUAGAAUGAUUAGUAUUGCUACCUCAAUUGGUGACUACCAGUCAGCUAAGGAAAAUCAAACAAAAUCACUUCCAGUCUCAGAAACAGAGGAAUCUGUAGCAGAUCUUAAUAUAUCUGUAGGAAAUAAUUUUUUCAAUACGAUAUCUUCGAAUAUGAAAAAUAUUGAAAUUACAUCAGUCACAAAUAGCGAAAUGGUAAAAUCUGAUGUACCUUCUUCAUGUUCAUUUUAUUCAGAGUCAAAUUAUUCUCAGCUUUCUAGAUCUACUGGAUGUGAGAAAUUUAAAAGACAAUCUCUAAAUAAUGCUAAUGAUGAGCGUGAUAAUAGUAUAGGAGAAGGUGUGUUGGCAUCAAAAGCAUUAAUUACAAACAAUGCUAAAAUAAAUCAAGAAAAUUCCAUGGUUUCUGAACUACAAUAUGAUUCUUUUGCCUAUAAAAUGCAACCAAAUAACGUGUUGUUGAAAUCUGUAGAAAUGAGUAAUGUAGAAACAAAUAUCGAAGGACAACAAUCUUCAAUGAAUGAAUCUUUAUCUCAUUCAGUAAGGCAAUACUCUGAGUCCGUUGAUUUUAAAGAAGAAGAGGAAAACAAAGAGAAAGGGGAAAAGGUAUUUUUGUCCACCUCUAGAAUAAAAAUAGAUAUUGGGAAUAAUACUAAGAAUGUAUCUGGAAGUGAGGAUCUUCGUGAUAAUGAACAGGUGGUUUAUGAAAAACAAUUAGAUGUUAGAAUCCCAUCAAUUCCAAAGGAACCUGCUUUGGAGUCCAAGUUUAUAGAUGAUAUUUUUAGCCCAGAAGAUGAUUUUUCAUAUACUAUUGAAAGAGAAGUAUUGAUGAAACCUGAUAAUUAUCUAGCUAUAUGGCGUCUUCAGGAGAAAAAAGAACCAGCUCUUGACUUAAAGGUGAAAAAGGAUUCAUCAGCUGCUUAUUUGGAAAGAAAUGACAAAAAAGGAAACCUAAAGGUAGAAAAUAUUAAUUAUUCAUUUAAACCUAAGUUAAUACAUAAUACAAAAAUCAAUUACCUUGAAAAAAAUAAAACUGAAAAUGGUAUGAUAACCUCUUUGAGCCAAGAAUUUGAAAUAGUCUUGAAUAAUUUGAUAGCAGAACCUCCAUCAAGAUCAGCAAGUAUCAUUCAUCAUCCAAUAGAAAUAUGGCCAAAAUCUACCUGUAAUACAAAUUUGGAAAUGUGCCAACAUUCUAGAGAUGUUUCGGUUGUUGAUGUAUUUGGUGAAGAAUUUUCCUCAGAAACUUUGAAAACACCAGGAAAAUUGGCAUCGGUCAAUAUUGCUGAUAGUGUCAAAAGUUUCCAUGUCGAUGAAGAAAGUGCUAAUGUGAGUAUUUCUCCAACAACUCCGAUUAAGAAAUCUCCGUAUUCUAAUAGAGCAUUUAAUAAGGUUACUGGACAUAUAUCUAGUCCAUUUAAGGUAAUAACAGAAGAGAAAAGAAAACCAAAGUCUAAGAGUGUCAAAAAAAGUAAUGAAGAAAUAAUCAGUUUGGAACAGUCAGUUGAUAGUUUUGUAAGAACCCAGGAAGAAACUGUUAGUCACUACCAGACCAAAAAUGAAAGGAUUCCUGAUUCUGAUCCUGAAACAGGUUAUCUUUUUAUUAACUUAGAUAGCGUGUCAAUUCAAUUAAUCAGUAUAAAGCAACACGAUGCCCAGUUUAGUUUAGAGAUAGACAAUGGUAUCAAUGUCACAAAGACGGAAUGGAAAUCUGUAUCUAAUGAAAAAUGUUUAAUUCUAGACAAUCAAUUAUGCAUACCAAUUUCAAAAGGAAAAGAAGAAAAAUUAUACCUCACAUUGAAAUGUAAAUAUAGAAGACCGCAGAAACAGUUAGUAGAAGUAGUUGAAAAAGUUCGUGUUGGAAAAUCAUUUGGCGGAUUAGGUAAAAGCAAAUACAUUUAUGAAAGAAAAUUUGCUGAAAGAAAGGUCAAUUAUGAUGAAUGGGAUUACUUAUUUGCACAAGAUGGAUCGUUUGCUAGAGUAGAGUUUGCUAUUAGCAAUAAUUUCUUAGAGGACCAUAAGAAGUAUAAACAGUCAUUUGAUACUAAAAAUAUGCUAAAUCAGUGGGCUAAGGUGAUUCCGAAUAAGGACAGUAAUCAGAAGACAUUAUCAAAAGAUCUUUUACGUCGUGAGCCAUUUGUUAUCGCUUCAUUAAAAUAUAACGCAUAUUAUGCAGAAAGAACUGAUCCAUUAGAAAAAUUUCCAAAAACCUUAAAAGAUGCUAUUUCAAUGGCUGAAAAAUUCAAGAAACAGCAAAGCGUUACAAAGGAAGGGUAUCUUGUACAAGAUGGUGGUGAUUUGAAUGGUUUAAUAGAAAAAAGGUAUUUUAAACUUUGUGGAACUAAUCUGACUGGGUAUAAUGAAAGUACUAUGAAACCAAAAAUAACCAUUAAUCUUUUGAACGUUAAAGAAAUUAUAAGCACUAUGGAUGAAGAGAAUUUUAAUGGAAAAUCAUAUAGAAAUUUCACUAAUCUAUUUUUGUUUGGUGAAUGUUUCACAUUGAUUUUUAAAAAUAAUGAAACAAUUAGCUUUAAUUGUCAACUAUCUGGAAAGGAGACUAGAGAAUGGUAUUUAUGUUUAAAGGAUAUUAUUAAGAUGAAUGUAACACAUCAACCAUGGAUUAAAAGAUUAGCCGAUGACCUUUAA